AUGAAUGAUUUCAUUAGUACUUGUCAGGAUUCUGAUGGUGAAGUUUUCGGCUUUGAAUAUUUGCUUUUUGCUCAAUUUGAAUUUGUCGGUCUUUCCGUUAGAAAAAAAUCAGCGAAACCGCUUUUUAUACAAGAUAACGGAGAGAGUACUUUUUUGAAACAAGUUGUUUGGAUAAUUCUAUCAUAUAUGCAAAUGACUAAAGAGCAGGUUGAAGCCUGGUUAAUAGAUGCCAAUCAAUUCGUCGCUGAUGAUGAUGAUGAGACGUUCAACUUUACAGUUAGGGUUGCAGCAGGGGAUCUUUUAGAAAUUUUACUUGAGAAAUUUCCUGAGAAAACACUGCAAGCUCUCGCUGAAACGACACAACACCUUAUUGAAGAAUCUAAUAUAGCUCGCGCUACAGGUGACAGUGUAUGGUGGAAGGUUCAAGAAGCUUGCCUCAAAGCUGUAGGAUUUGUUUCUAAUGAACUUAUAACAGCUUUACAAGAUGAAGCUUCCAAAGUUAAAUUUGACCUACCUGGGCUGUUCGAGCAUGUGGUUUUUGAUCAUUUGACUGCAAUAGAAUACCCUUUCCUUCAAGGGCGUGCAUUUGUAUUCGCCAGCCAAUAUGCAGUGCUGUUACCUGGUGAACUUGCAACGCGUUACGUAUCCGAAGCUGUUCGUGCAAUUCAAGAGAUUGGUGCUAUACCUGUAAAAGUAUCUGCUUUACGAGCAUUGCAAAAUUUCUGUCGUCAUUUGGAUGUUCAAUAUGUGGCACCAUUUCAAUCCAAUAUUAUCGAAAGCGUUGCAAAUCUUUUGAAUAUUGUAUCUGAAGACUCACUAAUACUUGUAUUGGAAACACUUGAAGAGGCUAUCAAAAUCAAUAAUGUAGUGACAGCUCGAUACGAAAAUUUGAUAGGCCCAUUAAUUAUUGAUGUCUGGAUGAAACAUCCUACAGGCAAUAUCUUAUGA